AUGUCAGCGGGCGGCCCGUGCCCGGCGGGAGCCGGAGGGGGACCAGGGGGCGCUUCUUGCGCCAUGGGGGUCUCAACCGGUGGGGUUUCCAUGUUCCGAUGGCUGGAGGUGCUGGAGAAGGAGUUCGACAAGGCUUUCGUGGAUGUGGAUCUGCUCCUGGGCGAGAUCGAUCCGGACCAGGCGGACAUCACUUACGAGGGGCGACAGAAGAUGACCAGCCUGAGCUCCUGCUUUGCGCAGCUUUGCCACAAAGUCCAGACUGUGUCCCAAAUCAACCACAAGCUAGAGGCACAGUUGGUGGAUCUGAAAUCUGAACUGACAGAGACCCAGGCAGAGAAAGUUGUAUUGGAGAAAGAAGUGCACGAUCAGCUUUUACAGUUGCACUCCAUUCAGCUUCAGCUUCAUGCCAAAACUGGGCAAAGCGUCGACUCUGGUACCAUUAAAGCAAAAUUGUCUGUCCCUUCGGUGGAGGAGCUGGAAAGAGAACUUGAAGCAAACAAAAAAGAAAAAAUGAAAGAAGCUCAACUUGAAGCUGAAGUGAAGUUGCUGAGAAAAGAAAAUGAAGCCCUUCGUAGACAUAUAGCCGUCCUCCAGGCAGAAGUUUAUGGGGCACGACUGGCUGCCAAGUACUUAGACAAGGAACUGGCAGGAAGGGUACAACAAAUACAGUUACUAGGACGAGAUAUGAAGGGACCUGCUCACGAUAAGCUUUGGAACCAGUUGGAAGCUGAAAUACAUUUGCAUCGUCACAAAACUGUCAUCAGAGCCUGUAGAGGACGUAAUGACCUGAAACGACCAAUGCAGGCACCACCGGGCCAUGAUCAAGACUCUCUAAAGAAAAGCCAAGGUGUUGGGCCGAUUAGAAAAGUUCUCCUUCUUAAGGAAGAUCAUGAAGGCCUUGGCAUUUCAAUUACAGGUGGGAAAGAACAUGGUGUUCCAAUCCUCAUUUCUGAGAUCCACCCAGGGCAACCUGCUGAUAGAUGUGGAGGGCUACACGUUGGAGAUGCUAUUUUGGCUGUUAACGGAGUUAACUUAAGGGAUACAAAGCAUAAAGAAGCUGUAACCAUUCUUUCCCAGCAGAGAGGAGAGAUUGAAUUUGAAGUAGUUUAUGUGGCUCCUGAAGUGGAUUCGGAUGACGAAAAUGUAGAGUACGAAGAUGAGAGUGGACAUCGUUACCGUUUGUACCUUGAUGAGUUAGAGGGAGCUAGUAACCCUGGUGCUAGUUGCAAAGGUCCAAGUGGGGAAAUCAAAGUGUUACAAGGAUUUAAUAAGAAGGCAGUAACUGACGGACAUGAAAAUGGAGACCUAGGAACUUCGAGUGAGACUCCGCUGGAAGACAGUGCUUCUAAGUUAGAUGAUCCGCACAGUCUGUAUCAUAAAAAAUCUUAUUAAACUGACUGUAUCUCCAGACAAGAUUAUAAAAUGAGACUAUUCUGAAUUUGGGGCACUAGGGAAGAUGGUGAUGAAGACUAUAUAAAUCAAGGGAGGCUGUUUGCUACCUAAAUGAGAGACGGGCACCUCAGGGCUUCAUGUGAACGAUUCUAAAUGCUGAACCACCGCUUUCUGUGGUAUAUCAUAAUUGGCUAUUGCAUGUAAAGCAAUUUUGAUUUUCUUUAAAAAAAAAAAACCUGUGAAGUACCAAAGCAUGUGUUUUCCAAAGGGGUAUUACUAGGCUCUUAAGUACCCAAUGAAGCACUACGGUUUUAUUUGGUUCCUUUCCCACUUAGAAGGAUAGUGCUAACCAGUAUUUUAUAAGAAAUAGCCUUUAAAUACAAGAGAAUAAAUGAAUUCAUAUUAUAUGUUCCAGAAUGUCAAGCGUGGUGUUUCAAAGGACAGAAUUUAAUGAAUAACAGAAAUGGAAGCUUAAUAUUUUUUAACUAAAAGAGAGGUUUUAGUUUUUUUUUAAUUUAUUUUGCAGCCUGGUAUCUAAAUCAGUUCUUAAGGAUCAUUCAUUGUGAUAAAUUUGCUGUUCAGCUUUAUGCAAUGCAGUACGAAAUAGUUUUCUUCAAGCAAUCCUUGAUCAAUCAGUGCAGCACUAGCAGUAGUUCCUGUGAAGUUACUGUACAUUGUACUUUCCUUGUGUUUAAAUGAAAUACAGAUGAGUGUAAAAUAUCUGCCCUCAAUUAUGUUGAUCCUCUGUGCAUGAUAUUGGAGCAUUACGUUGUUACUAAUUAGUCUCAACUGCUUUUUUCUGGAAUCUACAAAAGACAGUUUAUGCAUUUUGAGUUGUGUCUUGUGAUUGUCCUGACACUUAAAGAUACUUUUUUUUUUCUGGCAUUAAAAAAAGCUCCAAUUUAUUACUGUGCCAUUGAAAUACAUUGCAUUCAAACAGCGGUUUUUUCUCAAAGUAACUGAUUUGCCAAUCAUUUAAAAAGCUAAAGCACUGGUGGGAAAGAUAAGGUGAAGAGAGAUGUUCUGAGACAGUAAUUGUUCCGGUUGACUUUUCCUGUCAGUGUGUGUAUGACUGAAGUGCUUUUCAGCUGCAAACUAAGAUUUUUCUAGUUCGGUGAUCCCAAGUACUUAUCUGCUUUUUUAUUUACUGUUCUGAAGGCCACUGUACCUUGUUGGAGAUAGUGAAGAUAUGACAUUUAAAGAGGUGAUGCCUUUGCUGGUAUCACUGUUUCAAAGGAUGUACAUUUAAUGGAUGUUCUGUGAGGGGAAAGCUGACAAGGAUUUAGAGUAGUACCAGUUCUUUGUUUCUAAUACUCAGAUGUCAUGUGAUGAUAAUAAUACACAUUUUCUUGUCUGUCCUAGAUGCACUAUAUAUUUGUUCAUAGGCAAAUCUGUAAAAUGUAUAUACUUUAUUUGGUGGUUUUGCUAUUUAUAAAUUUUAUGUUUUAACUAUUGCUCAUUUAUGGUUUGUUUUGGAUGGUUUUAAGCAUCUGUAUAUCUCCAUGUUAAUUUGUAAUAGAAAUGCACUUCAUAGUAUAUAUUGUUACUGAUAUUAAAAUACCUUGUAGGAUAAAGUUGCCCCUAAGCAAAAGCUAGUAUUUAAUUGUACAACUGAAUAAGCAAGCUACAUGCUCUUGUUUGCUUCUGACAUGCUAGGCUAGACCUCUUAAUAGAAAACAAAUGUUUUUUCCUCUUCCAAACACAUGCCCCCAUGCAUGACAUGAGAUCUACAAACAGGAUUUUAGCCAGUGUAUUCAUUUAGUCAAAAAAAAAUUACCUUGUAACAUGUCUGGAAAUGUUUUUGUUGUGACUUGAAACAUGUUAUUUUUUUUUUUAAACAGCUGAAUGGGACAACCAUGGCAUUUUUUUUCCAGAGCAUAUCUAUGACUGAAUUCUUAGGAAAUAUUACCUAAAAACCUUUUGAUUUUCAAGAACUGUCAAUAAGUCCAUGAAGAAUGUUUUUACAGCCUUCAAUUGGCAUAUUUAUGAGGAUGCUGUGUAAUAUAAAGAAUUGUGUGAGAUGUUUAUGACAUAACUCCUUUCAAGGGCUGAUGAGCAGAAUGAAAAAUUUUCCAGGUAGUUUAAAAUUUGAAAUUGCACGGGUCAGUUCCCUUUAGAUUCUUGUUUCACCUUGGUUUGUGAGCCUCCUUGAGAGGACUGUUGCUCAGAUGUCACUGUGAGCUUCCUGGCAGGUAUUUUGUAACUACCUGUUUAAAAGUUCACUUUAGAUAUAUAUGGUCUUUGGGGGAUGAACUAAGAAUUGUAGACUUUUUUUCCCCAAAGGACCGAAUGAGAAGCAUUUGGUUUUUUUCACCUGUAUAGGAAAGGAACUCAUAACACUCAAGUUUCAAGGGCAAAGUCAAACAUGUAAGGAGAGAGCUGUUGCAAAGUUAUUAUAGUUAAAAAGGAAAAACAAAUGCACACAGAGAAUAGCUGAGAAAACAUUUUCAGUAGUGUGUGAGAGCCAUGUGUAUGUGUGUAUACAGUUACAUUUUUAACUGCUAAAAUCUCUUUUACGCUCUCUGUUGUAAAUAAUGGAAAAACAACAUUUAGAUUAUUAGACUUGUUACAAUAGAUUUAAGAAAGGUGAAAAUUUGUGAGUCUUGGUAAUUAUAACUGGAGAGUUGUCAAAAGUUAGCACAGUUUGUUUUGGUGCUGGUUUUAUUCCCUCCAACAGUGACCUUAUUUUGUUUUUAAACAUAAUAUAUUUUAAGCAAAAACAUUUACGUUUUGUUUUUAAACAAUUGCUUAACAAUAAUUAUGUUUAAGCAAUUUUGUUUAAAAACAAAAUAUUCAUGCCUAAGUUGCACAUUAGUUGACAUUCCUAUUGUAAUUAUAAUUGAUAUUCUGUUCCACCUAUCUGGUUUCCCACCUAUGGUUGGCCUCAAAUCAAUAAGAUUUAUGACACAUAUAUCUAGUUAAGUUGAGUUUAAUAUUUUUUUAUUAGCCUGUAAAUAAACAUGGUGUCUUCUACAUUAAAAAUGGCAUUGAUCUCAUUUUUAAGAAAAUAAAUUUUGUUUCUUUCACAUUAAA